GGCCUUGAGAAAAACAACAGCAGAAUGGCAAGUUAAAAGAUCGACCCACGUUUUGAAGAAACGAGUUAUAUAAAAAUUGAUCGGCGCAGACCUUCACCGAAUGUAAAACAUCAACGACAUUUGUAAAGUCAUCAUUGGAAAUUGACGCGCGGGCCUCGCGAUUGUGCGCCCAGUCCAGGAGGACUUUUCCUUCCAAGUUGAUCCGACAGCCGUAUGCACUGAAGCUCAAUCAUGGAAUAUGACGGGAGUGAUUUUGCGCCGAAGCCGUCUCGACAUCUCAUGUCGAGCAAUCAGUCCGUCAGGUCAUCCUCCAGCAGGUUGUCCAUCACUAACAGGAAAAUGAGUCUUAACUGGCGACGGACAAACGAACCAGAGCAAAAUGAGACACAAUCAAUGGUCGAGCCUCCAACCCUAAUGCCACCUCAGCCCAAAGGACUGUCUGUCAAUAGGAGCAGUCUAAAUAUGCCAAAGAAAACCAAUGCUAUUGAUGCUCCUGCUACAGAGAAAAACAACAAUGGCUGCAAAAAGUCCCUCUUCAACAACCCUCAGCCUGGUCCAUCUGGUUUGUCAUUGAUGAAUGAUGCAAACGAGAACAAAUUUUCUCCUGCGAAACGCCCGAGAUUAAAGAUUCGAUCAAUAAAUGAGCUCAAAUCUCCAAAAUCUGUCUUGGCCAUUCUCAAAGAGGAUGAUACUGAGGAGACUAAAGAAUCAAAGGAAACAGUCACCACAAGUACACCUUCAAAGUCUCCUAAAAAACGAGCAGCAGUAAAAACACCAAGAAAGAAAACAGGGCCAAGCCCUGCAAAGUCCAACAUGACUGUGUCUCCCAUGAAAUCCUUCGACGCCAAGGGCUUUUGCAAAGUUUGUCAGCUGCCUUUAAUUUGCAUCAAGAUUUCAGAAUGGGACCACGUGAAGAAAUGUGAAGUGCCAAUUGACAGUCCAGAAUGUUAUGAUGGCAAGGACUGCAAGUCCAGAGUGAGGACCCACUACCUUGAUUUCAGACACACCUUGCUAGCCAAACUGAGGAGCGAUGCUGACGAAUCUGGCUCGUCUAUUCAGGUUGAAAUCAUCAGACAAGCACAGGCUUCUGUGUCAAACCCUGUCGUCAUCCAACAAGAGGUUGCAGUCGAUUUCAGGUCGGUCUCGACAAAUUCAAAGAGGGUGUCCAACGACAAUCCCUUCCUGUCUGAUUCCGACAAUGAGAGUGAGCCUGACUUGUUUGCUGAAUACCUUACGACUGGAGACAGAGAUGAAUCUGCGUCCGUGAGUAGAGCAAAAGGCCAAAGGAAAAAUUCAGGCGUAGUUCGGGAGAGUGUUGAUUUCGAAGAGGCCACUGAUGAUUCUGAUGAGCAAGAGGGUGUCAACAAAGCCUGCUCUUGCGAUAAAGACAAAAUAUCUGUGACAGUCAAGGCUAAUGGAGAAAUGUUAAAUCUGCUUGCUGACGAGAAUGGUUGGAUUGGAGACGAGAAUUGUGACGACUGCCCAGGUGUGAAACGCACAAUUUGCAAGUGCAGCAAAAGCAUGAUUUUACAAAUUCAGGACAAAGAGACAUUUUUUCAGAAGCAAAAAGAAGCUAAAGAAAAAUGGGCUUCAAUUCCUAUUAUGACCAGACAAGUUAGCAGUGAUGCUUCUUCAGUCAGCUCUUUUUCCUCGACUUCCUCUACGUCAUCACUGGAAACCACAACUCGUAAAGUGCCAUACUGGAAGCUCAUCAAAGACACUUCCUUUGCUGUCGACGCCUUCAACCAUGGCAAAAUUCCACUUGUAAAAUAUUACUUCCUUAGUCAUUUCCACUACGACCAUUAUAUCGGACUGACCAAGCAUUUUACAGGAAUCAUUUAUUGCAGUCCAAUCACAGCCCGAUUAGUCAUACAGCAAUUUAAACUUCGGGUUAACCAGAUCAGAACUCUCCAGCUCGAUGAAACUAUUGUGGUCGAUAAAGUGAAAGUUACAGCUCUAGAUGCCAAUCACUGCCCUGGCUCUAUUAUGUUCCUUUUCCAACUGUUGGACGGAACAAAUAUUGUUCACACAGGAGACUUCCGCUUUUCUCCUAAUAUGGAAUCCUACCCUUCCUUUUGGAACAUCGAGAUUCAUCACUUGCAUCUUGACACAACCUACUGCAAUCCAAUGUACGACUUUGAUUCGCAAGAGGAGAUUCUGCAAAGAGUUGUUUCUCUGGCCGAGGAGAAGCAUCUGAAGUCUGGUGAAAAGUGCCUUUUUGUCUGUGGCUCGUAUACCAUUGGCAAAGAGAAAGUGUUCUUGGAAAUAGCCAAAAAUUUCAAUUUGAAGUUCUUUGCUAACACACCAAAGAGGCGGAUAUUGAAGCAACUUGAAAACUCUCAAAUCUUGGAUCUCAUGGCCGAAAAUCCAGAAGAAGCAACCAUCCAUGUUGUGCCAAAUGGAAGCAUUAGCUAUACGUACCUGAGCAACUAUCUGAGUCAAAUGAACAAAAAGAAACAAAGAUUUUCUGAAUUAGUGGCGUUCCGACCAACUGGUUGGCAGCACAGUGCAAAACGUGCUGAAGCUUACAAAGAGGAUAAAAGUGGAAACAUCACAAUUAUUGGCAUACCUUACAGUGAGCACUCGUCUUUCUCUGAGUUGCGGAGAUUUGUGAAGUUCUUGAAACCGAAGAAAAUCCAUCCAACUGUCCGUUCUCAGGGAAUGGCCUGGGACGUCAUCAAGAACACUUGCACUCAGUGGGUCAAGGAUGCCUCGUCCAGUGUCCAAGCUACUUCCAGAAACAAACUGCAGCGAUAGCCUUUUUUGAAAUGAACAUACUUCAGCAUUUUUGGCUUAAUUUUAUAGUUAGCAGCCCAGCUAUUAUUUUCAUUUGCUUGUUUUAAGAGGGAUGAAGUUGCUCCAGACCUAACAAGGGCGUUCAGAGAAUUAUAUAUUUCAUGCCAUGGACCCAACGACUGAAUUUUUUGUAUAAUUUAAAAAAACGCACUCUUCCACUCUCAAUUGUAGUGCACAUAUUAAGAAAUACAGGAAGAGAGUGGCGCAGCCUAAAAAAUAAUGAUUUUCAAAUUGAAAACUAAAAUCAUUCAUAAAAUAUUUUUAACUAAUCAACUUCAUUCUCUUAGUGUAUGUAAGAAACUAUGUCCUAUUUUGCUCUCGCUGUGCUUUUUCCUUGUUGGACUUGACUUAAUUUAAUUAUUAGCAUUUAUAUGAAUUGCCUAAGUUUUAGUCUGAUUUGAAUGACGCCACAGCCACAAUGAACAAUUACUUAAUGUUUGUUGAUAAUAUGUUUGGAAUUGGAGACCAUCAAUAUGUACAAUCUCAUAAUCAGAUUUCAAUGCUGAGAUUAGCCACAUAGCCACACUAUUUUAUGUCCAGGAGAAAAAUUGAGGCAGCCAGGCCAGGAGGGGUUUACUUAUAAACCGUUUGUAUUUACUAUUAAGAUAAUUAUUCCCACCAUAUAUCAUAAUUCUACUAAAAUGUUAUAUUUUUAUAAGAAAAUCUAAUAAAGGAAAUAAAUUUACGUGCACA